AUGACUUUGUUACCAUCUGAUGAUAUGGUAUCAAACCAUUCAUCAAAUGAUCCGUGGUAUUCUAACGAAAAUCAAAAUACAACUACCAAUUCUAAUAACAACACUGCAAAUAUUAUAGACGCCGAAUUAGCUUCUAUCGUAUCCUCAUUAAGUGCACUAUCAGCUGGUAACAACAAUCAACAGAUCGGCUCUUUUAGAAGACCAAGUUUUCCAACUAGUGAUAUUGAUUCAGAAAUUCUUUCAAUGAAUAGCGUAGACCAACAACAAACAAAUAAUAAUAUGAACUUAUUCGAUGCUACAAAUGUAAUGAAAAGAAACGCACAAUCUGUUGGUACUGCUCCUCCCUAUACAACAAACAUCUUCAACUCUCAUAAUUUGAAAAAUAAUCAAUCUAUUAAUAAUCAACUUAUGGGCCAACAGUAUUCUGCCACUGUAACAGGUCCCCUAUAUAUGAAUGAUAUUUUUCAAAAUAAUAGCAACAAUAAUAAUAAUAAUAAUAAUAAUAGCAGUACAUUAAGAGAAAAUGCUGGGUUUUAUGAAAAAUUUGGUAAAUCUUUAGUGGAAGGUACAAAAGAAUUAGAAGCUGAGCACAACGUUGAAAAUGAAACUGUCGAUAAUAACAAUUUCGCAAAUAAUAGUAGCAGUCAAUCAACUUUUGAAGGUUAUGAAAAUGAUAGUUACAAUAGUGACAUGAAUAGUAGUGGUAACAAUAUUAAUGAAAAUAAUCAUUGGAAUAAUGCUAACACCAGCAAUUUCAAUUCAAACUAUCUUCAACAACAAUACUUAUAUUUCAAUCAGCAACAACCAUACUACGAAAACAUCAAUAAUAAAAAUACAAAAAAUACUAAUAAUAUCAAUAAUCAAGCUGUAAAUGUCAUGUCAAAUGGUUUCCCCUAUGGAGUUUUACCAAAUUUCAAUCAUUUCCCAAUAAUGAAUCCAUAUAUGCAUCCAGGAAUUAUUUAUCCCCCAACUAAUCAAGAUAUCAUUAAUCAAAAUGAUAAUAACAUCUCGCCACCUGUAGAUAAUAAUAAUAGUGACGAUUCGUCAUAUGAUUUAAAUCAAAAAAAGUCAAGCUCGCAAAACCCUCAGACCACUAACGACAAUACUGGUAAAUUACAUGUAAAUAAACAAAAAAAUGGUAAGAGAGAUAGCAAAAAUCAAUCUAAUCAACAGCAGCAGCAACAGCAAGUUAAUCCAUAUUUAGACCAAUUCAACGGUGUGAAAAACAGUAAAUUCAAUAAUAAAGAUAACACUAAUAAUUCUGCAUCAACUCCGUCAUCAUCUUCUAAUUUAGCAUUGAAAAAUUUCAAUAAGAAUGAAUCAAGAAAUAAAAAGAAACAAAAUACUUCUCAAAAUAAUAAUGCUAAUAAUAAUUAUCAUAGAUCAGCUUUAUUAGAGCAAGUAAGAAAUUACAAGGAUAAUAAUAAUGACAAUGAAAAAAUGUGUCACCUAAAAGAUGUCUUCGGUCAUACUUUAGAAUUUUGUCAGGAUCAAUAUGGUUCAAGGUUCAUUCAAAAAGAAUUAUCAAUCGCAAAAUCUUCUGAAAGAGAAGUUCUUUUCAACGAAAUUAGAGGUUACGCCCUUGAACUAUCAAACGAUGUCUUUGGUAAUUAUGUUAUUCAAAAAUUUUUCGAAUAUGGUUCAAAGACUCAAAAAGAUAUCUUAGUUGAUCAAUUUAAAGGUAAGAUGAAAGAUUUAUCAACUCAAAUGUAUGCUUGUAGAGUCAUUCAAAAAGCUCUAGAAUUUAUCGAGCCUGAACAGAGAUUAGAUCUAGUCACCGAAUUAGAUGAUUGUGUCUUAAAGAUGAUCAAAGAUCAAAAUGGUAAUCAUGUCAUUCAAAAGGCAAUUGAAUGUAUUCCAAUAACUUCCUUACCAUUCAUACUAAAGUCCUUGAUUGGACAUAUCUAUCAUUUAUCGACACAUUCUUAUGGUUGUCGUGUCAUUCAAAGAUUAUUAGAAUUUGGUUCCAUUAAAGAUCAAGAUACAAUUUUAAAUGAAUUGAAAGAUUUUAUUCCUUAUUUGAUUCAAGAUCAAUAUGGUAACUAUGUCAUUCAAUACAUUUUACAAUUUGAUUCAACAAAUAUUGAUGAAACUAAGACUUCAAUGAUGAUGAUAAACAUAAAGAAAGAAAUUAUUGAUAUUGUAUCUGAUAAUGUUGUUGAAUUUUCAAAGCAUAAAUUUGCUUCAAAUGUUGUUGAAAAGGCUAUUUUAUAUGGAUCUAAAGAUGAAAAAGAUAGAAUCAUAUCAAAAAUUUUGCCAAAGGAUAAAAAUCAUGCAGCAAAUCUAGAAGAUAAUGCACCAAUGAUUUUAAUGAUGAGGGAUCAAUUUGCCAAUUAUGUUGUUCAAAAAUUAGUUUCUGUCACCGAAGGUGAAGGUAAAAAAUUGAUCGUCAUAGCAAUUAGAUCAUACUUGGACAAAUUAAAUGAAUCAAAUUCAUUGGGAAAUAGGCAUUUGGCUAGUGUUGAAAAAUUAGCUAAUUUAGUUGAAUCAGUUGAAAUAUAA